AUGGCUUCGUAAUCUCAGCAACAAGCUUUUGAUUUAAAGAUUGACAUUGGACUUGUAGGAAAUUCUGAUGUGGGCAAGACUUGUCUCAUAUAAAAAUAUUAAUAUCAAGACAAUUACUAAAUUCCUCUCAAAAAGCAAACAACUUUAGGUAUUGAAACUAAAGUAGUCAAAUUGAAAAUUCAAGGGUAGAUGGUUAAAGUUGUAUUAUGGGACCCAGCAGGUCAGGAGCGCUUCGAAUCAAUGACGAAACAGUUUUACUAGAAUUUGGAUGGGGUGAUGCUAGUCUUUGAUAUGACAAAUGAAAAAUCCUAUAAUAAUCUGACCAAAUGGCUAGGCUAGAUUAAUGAGAUCAGACCUUGCCCUUAUGUUAUUACAGCAAAUAAAGCAGAUCUUGAAGAAUAAAGAAUGAUUUGUGAUGAAUAAGUUGAAUUAAUUGAGCAGAAGUUCAACACUCAGUGCAUUUUAACAAGUGCAAUGACUGGAUAAAAUGUCGAGGAGGCUUUCAAUACACUGAUUAACACCAUUAUUCAGAUAAAAUUAUAAAAGCUUCACAAGACUGGGUCAACUGAACAGAACUCUCCAACAAUGACAAGUGCAUCAUAAAAACAUAAGAAUAGUAAGAUAGUAAGGAAAGGUAAAAAGAAGGAGUCUAAGUGCUGCUGA